AUGAUGGAGAACCCUGCGGCAGCGGCACAGCAAGGGAGGAGGAAGAGGGGCAGGCACGGCGACUGGGAGGACAACAAUGCUCAGCGCCCAACAACAACAACAACAACAAGUACCAAGGAGCGGCAGCCCAAAAUCAAAGAUCCCAAGAGCGAAGCAGCGAGGUUGUUUGGCUGCACUCCCAAGCAAGUGUCACCGUUCAAGGUGGCCAAUGACCCUUUCAACCCCGGCAACUCGCUGGAGGGCUGGAUCUGCCGCAAGGAGGGCAGUAUGGGUGGUGCGCUGUUCAUCACUCACGUCAACAGGCGCAGGGUCGAGCCGCAGACCAUCUACGGCACUCCGAAGCUCAAAUAUCCGUAUGCCACAAAGGAGAACAACGAGUGGAAGACAUUUUCGGAGGCGUGCUGCCACUACUACGUGGCUACCAAAUGGAACGGGAUGAACGUGCUCUUCUUCAAAUACACCGACGAGGACGGUAACACCUACGUCACCGGCAAGUCCAAGGGCUCUGCCAGCUUGGCCGACGGCACCUUUGGCAACUUCUUCACCUCCACGCUUCAGGUCUUGGGUUUUGAUGGUGGAGUGCCCGAGGGAGGUCUAUGGAAGAAUCUCCCCGCUCGACUGGCCCUGCUCGCGAACCCCCUCGUACAAUCCUUGACGUUCGAGCUGUGUGGCAACAAGGAGCCUCAUCUGGUCAAGUAUGACUUUGACCUCGACCUGCAGCCGCUCUUUUCGACCACUGUCAGUGGACAGAUCUCACCGAUCAUCGUAAGCCCCGAGGAGGGUGGAGAUGUGCUGCAUCCGUUCGACCAAGCCGAGGUCGUCAGGGUCUGCAAGGAGUAUCAGGAGAGGGACUUUGCGCUCAACGAAGAGUACCGUAAAGCUCACGGGCUCAAGCACAAAUACGAGUACAACCACUUUGCGACGGAAGGCCACGUGCUGUACUUGCUCGACGCCAAGCAGCACUUGAUUGGCCGGACCAUGUACAAAGUCAAGCCGAGAGACAUCGAGGAAGUGCACUGGGGCAAUUUUGAUGCCACAAUGGAAGGCCGGGUGAAGGAGGCGGUGGCGAAGAUCGCCACUCGAGAGAAGCCCAUGACCGCGGCAUCGCUCCGGGCCGAGCUGGACAUGGGUCCCAAGGAGUGGGGCAGGCGGCUUGGAGGAGCUGACGCGCUUUUGACCAGGUACGGGAGCGACGUCAUGAAUGCUGUGGGACAGCUCAGCAAGACGACGAUCGCCAAGAGGCUGGCCAAGCGCGGAUGGCUACGCUUCAGUGAGGAUGACUACAAGGGCCAUGUGGAGUGCAAGGCUCACAUGUUGACGACCUUGAGCGAAAUGUCAGAGGAGGGCAGGCCCAAGGACGUCGUCGUCGAUGCCUCGGUCCUGAACCCCGUCCAUCGGAAGGGGUGGAUCAGCACGCUGCAUGCUGCCGGGUACUGGAACGUGUACGCGUUGCACCUGGACAUCUCCGCGGACGUGUGCAAGCGCAGGGCGGCGUCUUUGCAUGGCGAGGAGAGCGACGAGGGGAGGAGUAUGCAGGAGGCCAUCGGCAAGCUGGCCCAGUCUGCCGAGGCCCAGCCCAAAGCGCGAGAAGGCCUCCAGCGCAUCGCUGCCGUCCACACCGACGCCGAAAUCGAGGAGUUCCUCGCCUCCCUCUCCUGA